UGAAAAUAGAUAUUUACGUUAUGAUAAAGAUAUCAGUUUCUAUUUUAACUCCUAUAUACUGUAGUGUAGUUCAUUUACAUAAUCUAAGCAUGGCCAGCGUUGUUGAAAAGUUUGAUAUUGUUUUGUCGUUUGACACAACGGGAUCUAUGUCUAGUUGUAUCGGCUCCGUGCGACUUAAAAUGCGAGAAAUGAUGCGAAAACUUAAAUCGGACAUACCAGGUAUUCGGAUGGGAGUAAUCGCACACGGGGAUUAUGAUACGGAUCAUACUUAUAUCAUUAAAUUUGAGAACUUGACAGACGAUGUUGAGAGACUGUGUCGCUUUGUUGACUCUGCUCGUGGCACUGGAGGAGGUUCCGCUGGGAAUUAUGAUGAGGCAUACGAACUGGCAUUGCAAUACACCCGAAACCGAAUGAACUGGCGACCAGACUCAAACAGAGUUCUUGUGAUGAUUGGCGAUUGUAGACCUCAUGAGCGUAACUACUUUCUCAACAAGCAACGAAUUGACUGGAACAGAGAAACAGUGUUACUACGUGAUAUGAAUGUAAAAAUAAACGCAGUGCAAUGCCUGAACAGAACCUAUGCAGAUUCGUUCUACCAGAAGAUAGCGUCGGCAACAUUUGGACAUCAUGUGUCCCUGAAUGACAUUAAGAAGAUAGAAGAAGUGUUAAUGUCUAUCUGCUAUAGAGAAGCUGGACUAGGAAUGGAAAUAACUGUGCCCACAGUUCUUCCAUCAUCGUUUGUCCAACCAAAGCCAUCGGCAUCAACACCGAUGUGUACAGAUACACGAGCGGAGACUACAAUGCAAGACAAAUCUGAUUUCGAUUCCGAGCCCGACAGCGAUGACCAAACUGAUAAUGGUAUGUCUUGUCCAAUGUGUAAUACUGUGAAGCCACCGAAUGAAUUUCCAUCAACCACUGCUAGUGAAGAUUGUGAACAUGCACUGCUUGAAUGUCUCAGGUGUGUUGUAAAGCAUAUUACAGAGGAAGGAACUUGUCCAGAUGAAACUUGCAACGUCAAUAUCGACUCAGAUUGCCAAAUGGUUCAGUUUUUCCAGGCUAAACUUGAUAGGCUUUUCGUAGACUACAGUAAGGUAUUGGAACAACGUACAAAAUUGCUAAAACCUGGCGGCGAUUUGAUCAGUGUAUCCACUAUCAACGGUGACACAGAAUGGUUUCCAUUCCGAUCAUAUAUGCGAAUUGGUGAUCUGAAAAAGGAAAUUAGUGAAAAACUAGGUGUGAGAGUAGAAGAACAGCGAUUGAUAUACAAUGACACAAAUUUGAAGACUGAUGCCAAGUUGUCUGACUACAACAUUUCCAGUAAUUCAAAUAUUUCCUUGAUUAUGCCACUAUACUGUAUUCCGGAACACUUGGACCACGUGGUGUUUGACCUGUCUUGGGAAUUCCCCACUGUGAAUCCGGAUUUCCUCGAUGCUACCUGCAUGGCCUUCGAAAAGGAUGAGUUUGUUCAGGUCAUCGACUGGACACAUUCUUCAAAUAAAUACUAUCUAAGUAAUUCGAUCAAACACUCAGAGAAAACUCUUACUGGUCCCGGAGCAAAGACUGGACAUCAGACGAUCCAUGUUCAUUUGAAAAGUGUACCUGGGAAUAUAACUCAUCUGUAUUUCACGCUUAGUUCAUGGAGGUCACCAAACCUGUCCGAGUUCAGAAACCCUUCAUUGAAAUUUUAUGAAGCAUCCAGCGAAAAUGUUAACUUGUGUGAAACCACAUUUGGGCAUGCUUUAAGUUCACAAGCUGUCAUCAUGUGCUCGGUUGUUCGUGCAAGAACAAAAUGGCAAAUAUUUGAAUGUGGUGCUGGUAGUCUGGUAGGUGGAAACGCAAAGUGUUACAACCCCAUUCGAGCAAGAAUUGCUGAACUAAUUGACAAUGAGCUAUAGAUUCUGCUAUCGUUGAUGUCUUGCACCACUGUUUUUUUCUUUCAGUGAUGUAUUCUAUGGGGACCAGUAUAUAAAAUAUAUUUAACCGUCCUGAAUCCAUGUAUUGUAUAAUGCAAACUAAAUAUGUGAUUUUUGUUCCUGUAUCUGCCUAAUAAUAUAUGCCGCACUCUAAGGUUUUGUUUUUGCUGGAUUCAACGUCAAAUAUCAUGCUAUUGGCAGCAAAUCAUGUGCACCUUCAUUGUGUCAUUACGUGUAUAGAUCAUUUCUUGAAAUGGAGUCAUAAACCAUUUGCAACUUGAUAAGUUUCUUGCAUCAAAUAUGUCAAGGUUUGGACCCACAGCAUAUGUUUGUUUGUUUGUUUGUUUUGGGUUUAACGCCGUUUUUCAACAGUAUUUCAGUCAUGUAACGGCGGGCAGUUAACUUAACCAGUGUUCCUGGAUUCUGUACCAGUACAAACCUGUUCUCCGCAAGUAACUGCCAAUUUCCCCACAUGAAUUAUCAGAGGUGGAGGACGAAUGAUUUCAGACACAAUGUCUUUUAUCAAAUCGUCACGGAGAACAUACGCCCUGCCCGGGGAUCGAACUCGCGAACCCGCGAUCCGUAGACCAACGCUCUCCCUACUGAGCUAAGCGGGCGGGCACACAGCAUAUGUAUACCUAUAUGAUGUGUCAAAACAACAUAGUUUUUAUGUGUCCUGUGAAAAGUACGAUAUCGAGUUUGUUUCUUGAUUUAGGAUCUUUUGAUUAUUAUUUUAUGCUAUGUUUAGCUCUUGAUGUUCAGUGAAUUUGGUAACUGUUACCUUUAUUAUUAUAUGCAUAUCUCGAUUUGCAAAUAAAUUUAUUGUUGUU